ACGUGGCAACUUGCGGCUCUCCAGCGGUUGGAAAACUACAACUCCCAGCACGCCUGGACAGCCGACGGCAUGCUGGGAGUUGUAGUUUGGCCACCGUCAGAGGGUCACAAAUUGGACACCUAGGGUUUCGAGGUCAAGAUGGCGGAUAGAUCCGCCCUCUGAUCAUGUAACUAGCGCACUCCCAGGCAAAUUUAGUGUGUAUGUCCUGUGCAGUGGUGGGAGUCGCAGAGCAGAUAGCAGCACAGCAGAGACAGUACAAUGCCUUCCUGGGCUCCCGCCGUCGGCCUUACUUUACUGCCUCACGUGGGUGGAAUACUUGGAGGACUCAUCACACGUAGGGAAGUGAAAACUUGGUACACCACUCUGGUGAAACCGUCAUGGCGUCCUCCAAACUGGGCGUUUGCACCUGUGUGGACAACCUUAUAUACGUCCAUGGGUUAUGGUUCCUACCUGAUCUAUAAAGAAUUGGGUGGGUUCACAGAAGACGCUGUGGUUCCAUUGGGUCUGUAUGCGGGACAGCUGGCACUCAACUGGGCCUGGACUCCCAUUUUCUUUGGCGCCCACAAACUUGGUUGGGGAAUGAUUGAUCUGGCCCUUCUCACUGGCACAACAGUCCUUGCAACCGUGUCCUGGUACCCUAUCAGCAAGACGGCUGCCUACCUCAUGAUCCCUUACAUCGCCUGGCUGUCACUUGCCUCUUCCCUGAACUACGUCAUCUGGAGGGACAAUAAGGACAAAUCUGAAUGAGGAGAACUUGGGGCUCAAUCCGAACAAAAUCGAGAAUGUUCUGUUUGUUGUUUUCUAUAAUUUUUUUUGCACUCAUACUUGUCUGUUGCCACCCACCAGCAGAACACUAACAAAGUGGCGCGACAUUGCCUGUUCAUACCUUACCGUGCCUUAGUCAUAUGCCCAUUGCAUAUACCGAUUAAACAGGUUGUGUAACCAGUUA